UUCUAAACGGCCUGAAAGUUAAGCUGAAGACUAAAAGCAACAUGGUUAUUUUUAGAGCUCUACAGGCAUAAAAAUACAGCACUAAACUGUGACCCGCAGCUAUGCACAGUAGAGCAUCACAUCAUGCGACAGACUUCACCUCAGCUGGGAGCGCAUCUGUGGUGCUUCAGACGACCGUGCUUCAUUUCAUUACCAAAGAGAUGUCUAAAUGCACUGAGGACCAGAAUUCGUAGCUGCCGGCAUCUUUUUCAAAUAGACAGAGCCACAUUCAAAAGGCAGACUAUUAUAUAAUUUGUGAAGAUUAAAUAGUAAGUUAUUUUUGUCAUUUCUUCUAGCUUACUUACAAGGUGAAUUAAUGAGAAUUCUCUCCAAAUGAAGACAUCACAACCUCAUUCCUAACAUAGAAAGUUAUUUAUUUCAAAUACAGUUUCAGUGGGUAAACAAGGACGCUCAUUCCUUCAACAGGGGACACAUCCAGGAGAACAAGAUACGCCUGAGUAAAACACACCUUCAGCACCAGUUCAAGUAAACUCUUCGGAAACAUCACGACAUCGGAUCCAACCACAUAACAGGCUAAAAAUGCCACUUUUCAGCUGGAUGAAAUGGCCAAAAUACGAUUCCUACAAACCCACACACUAUCCUGGCUCAGAUGUAGUAACAAAGACUCUACUUCGAGAAUUGAAGUGGCAUCUAAAGGAGCGAGAGAGAUUAAUACAAGAGAUUGAAAAUGAACAAAAAGUGAAAAAAACAAGUGUGGAUUACAACUGGCUGAGAAACCACCAGAAUCCCCACAUGACCAUCCCAGCUUCUGAACAAAGACAACUUGAAGCUCUUUGCUCACAAGUUCAGCCUUGUCAAACUGGAACCAUUCUCAGCAGAUUUCGAGAAGUUUUGGCAGAAAAUGAUGUACUGCCAUGGGAAAUAGUCUACAUCUUCAAGCAAGUUCUGAAAGACUUCCUAAGCAGUACGGACAAAGGCGGGCAGCAGCAAGAGGGCUUGGAAGAGCCUCGGAGCACAGCCUGCGCGGCUCGUUCUCCGACCCCAGGUGAAAGCCCCAAGAGUCCAGACAAAGAGGAAAUACCCACUAUUUCAAGUUACGUAGACAAAAACACAAAGAACAGGUUCCCGACGUUCUCACACAGAAUAUGGAACCUACCAUACUAUUACCCAUCAAGUUAAGUUACUUAUAACCAGAGGAGUUUUUAUGACCAUGUUAGUACCAGAACUCUUAACAUUAAGGAUAAGAAAAAGUGAUGUGACUUCAUGUUUCUCUUUGUUGCAAGGUCAGAAGUUAGAAUUCCCGUGGACGAAGCCUAUGUUUUAAACAGUGUUCCUUUUUUAACCUCUCUAAAAAUGCAAUGUUUUCAUUGAACAGUAUGCUCUUAACUGUUUCCUAAAUAUUUUGAAAAAAGGUUUGAAGUGUUUUCUUAUACCUCAAACACAUCUCACAGGAACUAAGGCAUUUUAUUUAAUAUGAAAUUUGACAACUUCUGUAUGAAAUUUAGAUAUUAACCCUGACUUUUAUUCUAAAAGAAAGCUAAAUAUAGAAUAAAAUAAGUGACUAAUGUGAAUCUUAUCUUUACAACAUAACACUGAAUCGUCUCCAGA